AUGGACCCUGAGAAUGCCAGUGCAGCAGAAGUCCUUGCAGACACCCAAGCUGAUUUUUACCUCCUGCAACUGCUUCGCCACCCUCAGUUCAUCGCCUACGCCUUCACCUACAUCUCGGACCUCGGCACCUGCCUUAGCGCCUCGGGCCUCGUCACCCACCCUAGUGCCCAGGACCUUAUCGCCCACGCCAGCACCUCGGCCCUCUACACAGACUGCCCAACUGAAAUGGUAUUUGUAGCUCUAUUGCCCGCCAUAUACAAACUGUCUCUGCCCAAACCAUCUCUGCCCAGACUGUCUCUGCUCAAACUGUCUCUGCCCAGACUGUCUCUGCCCAAACUGUCUCUGCCCAGACUGUCUCUGCCCAAACCAUCUCUGCCCAGACUGUCUCUGCCCAAACCCUCUCUGCCCAGACUGUCUCUGCCCAGACUGUCUCUGCCCAAACCAUCUCUACCCAGACUGUCUCUGCCCAAAUUGUCUCUGCCCAGACUGUCUCUGCCCAAACCAUCUCUGCCCAGACUGUCUCUGCCCAAACCAUCUCUGCCCAGACUGUCUCUGCCCAAACCAUCUCUACCCAGACUGUCUCUGCCCAAAUUGUCUCUGCCCAGACUGUCUCUGCCCAAACUGUCUCUGCCCAGACUGUCUUUGCCCAAACCAUCUCUGCCCAGACUGUCUCUGCCCAAACCAUCUCUGCCCAGACUGACUCUGCCCAAACCAUGUCUGCCCAGACUGUCUCUGCCCAAACUCUCUCUGUCCAGAUUGUAUCUGCCCAGACUGUAUGUGCCCAGACUGUCUCUGCCCAAACCAUUUCUGCCCAGACUGUCUCUGCCUAAACUGUCUCUGCCCAAACUGUAUCUGUCCAGACUCUAUCUGCCCAAACUGUCUCUGUCCAAACUGUAUCUGGCCAGACUGUCUCUGCCCAAACCAUCUCUGCCCAGACUGUCUCUGCCCAAACCAUUUCUGCCCAAACCGUAUUUGCCCAGACUUUCUCUGCCCAAACUGUCUCUGUCCAAACUGUAUCUGCCCAAACUGUAUCUGGCCAGACUGUCUCUGCCCAGACUGUCUCUGCUCAAACUGUCUCUGCCCAGACUGUCUCUGCUCAAACUGUCUCUGCCCAAACUGUCUCUGCCCAGACUGUCUCUGCCCAAACCAUCCCUGCCCAGACUGUCUCUGCCCAGACCAUCUCUGCCCAGACUGUCUCUGCUCAAACUGUCUCUGCCCAGACUGUCUCUGCCCAGACUGUCUCUGCCCAAACCAUCUCUGCCCAAACCAUUUCUGCCCAGACUGUCUCUGCCCAGACUGUCUCUGCCCAAACCAUCUCUGCCCAGACUGUCUCUGCCCAAAUUGUAUCUGCCCAAACGGCUUCUGCCCAGAUUGUAUCUGCCCAAACUGUCUCUACCCAGACUGUCUCUGCCCAAACCAUAUUUGCCCAGACUGUCUCUGCCCAAACUCUCUCUGUCCAGAUGGUAUCUGCCCAGACUGUAUCUGCCCAGACUGUCUCUGCCCAAACCAUUUCUGCCCAGACUGUCUCUACCUAAACUGUCUCUGCCCAAACUGUAUCUGUCCAGACUGUAUCUGUCCAGACUCUAUCUGCCCAAACUGUCUAUGUCCAAACUACAGUAUCUGCCCAGACUGUAUCUGCCCAGACUGUCUCUGCCCAAACCAUUUCUGCCCAAACCGUAUUUGCCCAGACUUUCUCUGCCCAAACUGUCUCUGUCCAAACUGUAUCUGCCCAAACUGUAUCUGGCCAGACUGUCUCUGCCCAAACUAUAUCUGCCCAGACUGUCUCUGCCUAAACUGUCUCUGCCCAAACUGUAUCUGUCCAGACUGUAUCUGUCCCGACUCUAUCUGCCCAAACUGUCUCUGUCCAAACUACAGUAUCUGCCCAGACUGUAUCUGCCCAGACUGUCUCUGCCCAAACCAUUUCUGCCCAAACCGUAUUUGCCCAGACUUUCUCUGCCCAAACUGUCUCUGUCCAAACUGUAUCUGCCCAAACUGUAUCUGGCCAGACUGUCUCUGCCCAAACUAUAUCUACCCAAACUGUAUCUGCCAAAAACCUCUCUGCCCAGACUGUCUCUGCCCAGUCUGUAUCUGUCCAGACUGUCUGUGCCCAAACUACUGUCUCUGCCCAAACUGUAUCUUGCCAGACUGCAUCUGCCCAGACUGUAUCUGCCCAGAAUGUCUCUGCCCAAACCAUCUCUGCCCAAACUAUAUCUUCCCAGACUGUAUCUGUCCAAACCGUAUCUGCCAAAACUGUAUCUGUCCAAACCGUAUCUGCCAAAACUGUAUCUGUCCAAACUGUAUCUGCCCAGACUACUGUAUCUGCCCAAACCGUCUCUGCCCAGACUGUCUCUGCCUAGACUGUCUCUGCCCAAACCAUUUCUGCCCAAACCAUAUUUGCCCAGACUGUCUCUGCCUAAACUGUCUCUGCCCAAACUGUAUGUGUCCAGACUGUAUCUGUCCAGACUGUAUAUUCCCAGACUGUAUCUGCCCAAACUGUCUCUGCCCAAAACGUCUCUACCCAAGCUGUAUCUGUCCAGACUGUCUCUGCCCAGACUAUAA